CUGCCACUCCCAGGCGACUGCCACUCCCAAGAGUGUCCGCCCAUCGCACGGUACUCUGCCACUGCGAGGAGAGUGUCAGACCAUCACAGCCCCUCAACACCACCACUACUACCACCACCACCAGCGUCAUGGAGGCUGCAGGGAGGGGCCGCAGGAAGGCACGGGGGAGACGGGCUAAGAAGAACAUGAACACUGGCGGCAGCCCUGCGGAGUGUCCAGUGUGCCUGGCAGGCUAUGAUGACACACUGCAGAGGCCGCGCACCCUGCCAUGCGGCCACACUGUCUGCACGCUGUGCAUAGAUCAGCUGGAGGAGCAGGGCCGUGUUGCCUGCCCAGAGUGCCGCGUCAGCCACGCCGUGCCCGAGGGAGGGCAGUUCCUUGUCUGCUAUGCUGUUGAGGCCCUCAUAAGGAUGAUGAAAGACGCUGAGGUGGCAGCAGCAGCAGCAGCAGCCUCGCCGCCACCCAGUGCCGGGGAAGGGGAAAGAGCAGCAGCAGCAGCUGGCAAGAAGGAGGCGGCGGGUCUCUCUCAGAAAAUGCGUUCCUUCCUGCAGGAACAGGAGGCCACAGUUGUGGCCGCCAUCACCGCCUGCCGGGAGGCUCAGUCGCAGCUGAACCAGUACCAGACGACCCUGGCAGGCUGGGGCGAGCGGCAGCAGCAACUGGAGGACAGGCUCCUGGGACUGGUGGACCAGAGCAGGAACGUCAGGGAGCUCCUGCAGCAGGAAGAGUCCCGUGCGGCGGCCAAGGAGGAGGAGCUGAAGAAGGGGGAGCAGGGGCUGCAGGCCGUGCUGGAGACGUUGCGCACCCUUACAACAGAGCAAGAAGCAGGCGCGGCGGUGACUGAAGUGUUUCGUGUCACUAGCGAGGCAGAGCAGACGGUGAAGGAGUGCCGAGAAGGUGUUCCUGAUGCCAGCACCGUCACCACCGCCAGGAAGGUGAACGCAGCAUCUAGUGCAGCCCUGGAGGCUGUCCAGGCUGUCCUGGCCGCUCUGGAAACACUUACUAUAGAGGAGCCCAGGCCCCAGUCAGACUCAGACUCCACCGUUAUGGGCAGACUGCACCUCAUCUGUACAGGGAGCUUGACGGCCGAGGACCUACGCAGCCUGACGCAGCCCGCCAGGCGCCUGCUGGAGGCUGGCUGGGUGUUUGCUGUCCACCAGGUGGAAGGUCAGCGCCGACACGCAAGAAUAAGCCUUGAAGCCGGCCAGCUGUGCCUCCACGCCCUGAAGGACCAUCCCCCGCCACUGGGCGCGGCAACCCUGCAGGUGAGCGAGGUUGUGCCGCCCUCCCCCCCCUGCACGGUGUUCCUGGACCUGUCCUGGCCGGGCAUCGCGCCGCGGCGGGUCAAAAUCCGUCUGAGCUCCGACACCCCGCGGGGCAGACAGUUCUUACUGUUGUGCACGGGGCAGCGCGGCCCCUCCUACGUUAAAACCAGGUUGUACGGGGUAGGGAAAAAGGCGGAGGCGGGAGAGUAUGUAGGGGGCGGGGACUUCGAGAGUAACGAUGGUAAAGGGGCAUCCGUCCUGCUGCCUGGCCUUGAUAAGGGUGAGUACUCGAUAUCAGGCCGUGCGGGGGCUGUGUUUGGCCUGAGGUGGAGUGAGGCUACCCGGGGAGAAUGUGGUCACUUUGGCAUCUUAACCCAAGACCGUAAGGAUGGUGGUGGGGGUUUUGUCUUCGGUGAGGUGGUGGACGGGCUGCACGUGGUGGCCGAGGCAGCCAAACGCAUGAACAUUACGAAGGUGACUGUGGCGGACUGUGGCGUGGUGUUGUGAGGGUAAUGGCCACCACCACCACCACCACCACCACCUGGUCACCUGCUGCGGUCAACCCCUGCACCACCGCCCUGCUGUUUGCUUGUUCCCGUUGUUUCCGUGGUUCCUGUUGUUUGUCUUCACACUGUGUGAGUUCAAGGCGACGUUCCUGUAUCGUGAUGCGCCGUGUCGUGUACGCAACACACAAGGCUCACUGUGUUGUUUCCUGUGCUCUGCUGUGCUGGGGAGAAAGUCUCUCUCUCUCUCUCUCUCUCUCUCUCUCUCUCUCUCUCUCUCUCUCUCUCUCUCUCUCUCUCUCUCUCUCUCUCUCUCUCUCUCUCUCUCUCUCUCUCUCUCUCUCUCUCUCUCUCUCUCUCUCUCUCUCUUUUCUUCAUUUUCUUUAUUUUGUUUUCCUGUUCUGUCUUUCACUCCUCUCCUUUCCUGUUAUUUGAUCUAUUUCACCUUUUCCUUUUUGUUUUCCUCUCCUCUCCUAUUCUUUGCUUUUCUUGGUAUUUCAUUUUUUCACUUUUUCUUUUCUUUUUUCGUAUUUCGUUUCGUUUCGUUUUCACUUUCCUUCAUUUGGAUAAUAUCUACGAGUGGGUACUGGGUAGCCUCCUCUGGCGAAGGUAAUACCUACAACAUGGAUUCCUUUUUGGUCCCUGAAUGCAGUGCAGUAACAAGUGACCUCCAGAAAAUAGAAAGGGGUCUAGGGGGGGCCAAGGGGGGAGAAGCUCCAUCAGUAUUAUUCCAUAAUAUGAAGUAUUUUG